UCUGUCAUUGAAUUCUUCAUCGGACCCCACGUUUCUAUCAUUCUUGCUCUUUCCUAAUCUGUGAAGAUCGAGUGGAGUUCUCCUAACUUCUAAUUAAACAACCGGAACAAACCCAAGGCCACCACUAUCGUUUUCAAAACCCGUCGGGAAUCUUUCUCUGCCAUGGAGGAUUACAACAGAUCGAGAUCAUACGGGAAUGGGAUGAUGCAGAUGGAAAGCUACUAUGCGCCACCCAGGCCGCCCACGUCUUAUGAUCUCCGGUGCUAUAGUGCUUCCUACGCUCAGACCCAGAUGGGGAUGGCUAAUAACUAUAACCCCACCGGCAACAACAGGGGUUUCAAGUUGAAGAAAGGGAAGAGCACUUCUGGGUCAUCGUCAUCCAAGUCUUGGAGCAUCUCUGACCCUGAGUUUCAAAGGAAGAAGAGGGUUGCCUCUUACAAGAUGUACAGCGUCGAGGGUAAGGUGAAAGGGUCCUUGCGGAGGAGCUUCCGGUGGCUGAAAGACAAGUACACUCAGGUCGUCUAUGGGUGGUGGUGAUUUCCUGAUUUUUAGCUUGUUGAAUUUGCUUUCUUGUUUCCUUUUCUUUCUGUCUUAUGACUGUAUUUAAUUUGAUGCAAGUUUGAAAGUUUCAAUUUUUGUGUCAACAAAUGGAAUUCAGAUAUGUGAAUUGGCCACUUGUGGACUAGUUUUUUGGGUACUGUACAACCUGCUUUUUCUCAAUCCCUCCAUACUCAUGUCAAGGUUUUCAAAUGAAACCUCCUAUUUAGGACCCCUUGAGGGCACCACUUGUGGACUAGUUGAUUGUAAAUUACUAAAUUUGGAUACUGAUGCUCUGUUACCUGGAAGCAAUUUCUGGUUUUAUAUUUACAUCUCUAGUUCUUUCAAAUUCUUGAUGAUGUUAUAAUGAACAUGGUCUUGAAUGAACCCUAUUUUCUGAGAAAUUGGCACUAUAGUUUUAUCCUUAUCAUGUUGCGUGGAACUCUAUUGCAUGCUCCGGAUCUCUGUUUUUUUGACAAUAAAUCCCGUCAACUCUAGUGUCCAACCUGUUUGGUCAAUCCGAAAUUGUCGUGUUGAUUAGUUUUCCAAGCUGCUGGGUAUAGGGUAGGACCACGCAAAGGCCUUCAAUCUAGAGGCCCGAGUGAGCAGGCAGGUGGGAUGGCAAACCUAUGGCCUUGCAGGUUUGAGUGACAAUGGAAUAUGCUUUGGGCGGGAUUUUUCAUUU